AUGCGAGAGGCCGUAACGAGGAAUGUGACUCAUCAUCAGGCUAGUCGGCUCCUCCACAAUAAAUUUGUUGUUGUACUUGGAGGUUCAAUUCAGCGGUCUAUGUACAAAGACUUGGUCUUGCUGUUGCAGAGAGACUCCUACCUGACGUUAUCCCAGCUAAAAAGCAAGGGAGAGCUGUCCUUUGAACAGGACUGCCUAGUAGAGGGGGGAAGACUAGGGCCCAUGACCAACGGCACAGAGUACAGAGAAGUGCGUCAGUUCCGCACAGACCAUCACCUGGUCCGGUUCUACUUCAUCACACGGGUCUUCUCCCGCUACAUGGAGAGCAUCCUUGCUGACUUCAAACAUGAGCUGAAACCAGAUGUGGUCAUAGUCAACUCCUGUCUUUGGGAUGUGUCAAGGUACAACCGAAAGUGGGUCUCUGAGUACAAGGAGAACCUGCACAAGUUCUUUGCACAGCUGAAGGCCAUUCUGCCAGAGAAAAGCCUGGUGAUGUGGAACAUGACCAUGCCUUUGGGCAAGAAGAUCAUAGGAGGCUUUCUUGUUCCAGAAAUUGAGUACAUGGGCCCAAUGCUACGUUUUGAUGUCAUCGAGGCAAACUUCUACGGUGCUUUGCUGGCAAAUGCUUACGGACUGGACGUUCUAGACUUGCACUUCACGUUCCGAUUCAGCCUCCACCACCGCAUGCAGGAUGGGAUUCACUGGAAUGCUGUGGCGCAUCGUCAGAUUACGUGCCUGCUGCUGGCUCAUGCUGCCCAGGCCUGGGGCGUAAAGCUGCUCAGCUACACUGCCACAGACCAGAAUAACAUGUAGUUGCUAGAUUAUGCUCAGACUUCAUAUCAAAGUGACUACAGACCAUCAUGCUCCUGGGCUGAUUCUGGCUUUUAUGGAGAGCCAUAUAAUGGCAGGAGGUAUAGUAGCCUUCACAUGGAGUCGAAUGCCUUCAGUUACACAGGUCCAGCCUGGCAACAAGGACAGCAGUAUGAUGGCUAUGGGCCUGAUUUCUAUGAAGAUGGAAUAACUACACUUCCUCAGUUCAAUGCUGGAUACUUCAAUUUUAGGAACAUUGAGCAAAACAACACAGCUUACAAUGGUAACUACAAUGCCUUGCAUUCAUCUACUGUAAGACCUGUUUCUGCUGCCCCCUCCUGUUCAUCAAACAACUUUGUAAUUAAGCAAAAGCACACAAAGUGGCAGUACAACCCGUACACUUGCCAGAAACCACACCGUCCCUGGAAAUACUGA